AUGGAUGAGAUCGCCAAAGAGAAGCACUGCAAACAAGUGGAAGACAGCGGCUAUGUUUUUGGCGCUCAUGCAGAUGAGGAUGCCAUCCGAGACAAAGAUAAAAGGCUACCCAAGACCAAGAAUAUAUACCGCACAGCUGUCAAUCUCUGGAUGAACAUGGAAUCGAGGGUUACGAAUCGAGGCCAGUCUGCGAUUCCGGACCACACACUCAUCAAAGAAUUUCUUCGCUGGUACAGUCAUUUUGCGCGAAGAAGAAAAAGUAAAAAUGGACGACCGGUGAUGACAUCGGUUCUCAAUUGUGCAGAAAGGCUGUUCGGAGGGUUUGAAGAACAAUUUCAAAUGAAAAUUGUGAUGAAAGACCGGAGCGAGGUAUUCAACAUAAGUCCUUAUAUGAUCUUCGCUUUCUGUGUUCUAGAAUGCAAGCCAAUCUAA